UCUCCCCCACUGCCCAUAUAUAGGAACUCCUCACACUGUCUUCCUUCUCUCUCUAUAUACAUUUUCCCAUAAACUCUCUCUCUCUCUCUCUCUAAAAUUCUUUCCAUACCAUACAACUCUCUCUAUAUCUCCCUAAAAUUCACAUUCUUCUUCUAUUCUACUUCUCCACAAUCCACAUUUGGUUUUUAUUUCUAUUUUUAUUUGGUUUCUCUCUCUAGUUAGAGAAAUAAAAAUAAAGAAAAGAAAAAGAAAAAGAAAAUGGGAUACGGCAGGCUUGGAUCUGUGGAGCCUGGCUCGUCACAGCCCGAGCCACAAGACGACGCCGUCUCAAUGCCGACAAGAAGGCGGAAGCUGAAACUGCUUUUAGUCCUCUCCGCAGUAUUCAUCGUCGCUUCGGCCGUGUCGGCCGGAAUCGUUGUUGGACUACGAACCAAAGGCUCGGACAAAACCAAAGCUCCCGGGCUUCGAAAGCCCACCCAAGCCAUAUCCCGAACCUGCAGCAAAACUCGGUACCCGAGUCUCUGUGUCAACUCGCUCCUCCAGUUCCCGGGUGCACUCAGCGCCCAGGAGCCCGAUUUGGUUCACAUCUCCGUCAACAUGACCCUCCAGCGCUUCGACCGAGCGCUCUACGUCGUGUCGGAGUUCAGCAACGUCAAAAUGGCGACACGUGUACGGUUCGCAUACAACGACUGCCUCGAACUCCUGGACGACUCGGUGGACCUGCUCACACGGAGUCUCGGCUCCGUCGUACCAGCACGAGACGGAACACUGGCGGGGUCCAAGGCCGACGUGAUGACGUGGCUGAGCACCGCGCUGACGAACCAGGACACGUGUACGGACGGAUUCGAUGAGGUCAAUGGGUACGUGAAGGAUCAGAUGCUGGCGAGGCUGAGCGACUUGUCGGAGCUGGUGAGCAAUUGCUUGGCGAUUUAUGCUGCGACCGACGACGAGGACUUCACCGGAGUUCCGAUUCAGAAUCGCCGGAGGCUGAUGGGUUCCUCGCCGGAGAGUGGUGAAUUGCCGGGGUGGUUGAGUAAGAGAGAGAGAUCGUUGCUUGACGUGCCGGUGACGGCGAUACGGGCCGACAUUGUGGUGUCGAAGGACGGAAAUGGGUCGGUUAAGACAAUAUCGGAGGCGAUUAAGAAGGUGCCGGAAUAUAGUAGUCGCCGGACGAUCAUCUACGUGAAGGCCGGAAAGUACGAAGAGAAUAAUUUGAAGGUUGGGAGGAAGAAAAUGAAUGUGAUGUUCAUAGGAGACGGGAAGGGCAAGACGGUAAUUUCAGGGGGGAAGAGCGUAUUUGAUAACAUGACGACAUUCCACACCGCAUCUUUCGCUGCUACUGGAGCCGGAUUCAUUGCCCGGGACAUGACAUUCGAGAACUGGGCAGGACCAGCCAGGCACCAAGCGGUGGCUCUCCGAGUAGGGGCGGACCACGCGGUGGUAUACCGGUGCAACGUCAUCGGCUACCAAGACACAUUAUAUGUCCAUUCUCAACGCCAAUUCUUUCGAGAAUGUGACAUAUAUGGAACUGUGGACUUCAUAUUCGGUAAUGCAGCAGUUGUCUUCCAAAACUGCACCAUGUAUGCUCGAAAACCCAUGCUCGGCCAAAAGAACACCAUCACCGCCCAAAAUCGGAAGGACCCUAAUCAGAACACCGGCAUUUCGAUCCACGCCUGCAGACUCCUAGCUACACCGGACCUGCAAUGGUCGAAAGCUAACUUCUCAACAUAUUUAGGCCGUCCAUGGAAGAUGUACUCGAGGACCGUGUACUUGCUAUCACAAAUGGGGGACCACAUUCACACUAGGGGAUGGCUAGAGUGGAAUGCAACAUUUGCUCUUGACACAUUGUACUAUGGUGAGUACAUGAACUACGGUCCCGGCGCGGCCGUCGGCCAACGGGUCGGUUGGCCGGGGUAUCGGGUGAUCAAUUCGACAGUCGAGGCGAGCAAGUUCACGGUGGCACAAUUCAUUUUUGGAUCAUCGUGGUUACCAUCCACCGGGGUGGCAUUCUUAGCUGGACUAUCUGUUUAGAUUACACUUUGUACUAUAUAGGUAACAAUUGAUACGCUAAACCGUUUAACGGAUGGGAAAAUAUGUUUCCUCGUUCGAUAUGGUAUAAUGUUUGUUUUUAUUUUUUGAUAAUGUAUUAAUAAUUAUUCAAGUAA